CCGUGGCCCGCACCCUACGUUCCUCCUUCGUCUUUCGCCAGAGCCAACGCAGUCAAGAGCAUCAGCUGGCUUGGACUUGUAUAUCGGCAGAAUGGUUUAUUGCGUUUCAUUAUUGGGGAUUCCUUGUUGCUGGUGAUGGGUGAGCCUGAAAAAACACAGCUUGACUUGCACUUCACAGGCUCCUUUUCAUCCCACUGUCCUCAAGACAAGAAGUUCUGGCUGAUCAGGAGUCUCUACUAGCAAUUCAAGUUGACUGAAGAAUGGAAGGUGUUGAGUUUAAGGAAGAAUGGCAAGAUGAAGAUUUUCCAAGGCCCCUGCCAGAGGAUGAUCCUGUUGAGUCAGAUAUAUUGGCUGCAGCUGGAACAGAAAGUGAAGCUGAGGUUAAAGGAACCAAAGUGAAGAAGAAGUUAACGGCUCCAGAUAUUAGCUUAAAUUUGGAUCACAGUGAAAAAUCUGUUUUGUCUGAUGACUUGGAUGAAAGUGGAGAGAUUGAUUUGGAUGAUAUAGAUACUCCUUCAGAAAAUAGCAAUGAGUUUGAAUGGGAAGAUGAUCUUCCAAAACCCAAAACUACUGAUGUAAUUCGGAAAGGAUCACUUACUGAAUACACUCCAGAAGAGGAGAAAGAUGAUGGUCGACGCUGGCGUAUGUUUAGGGUCGGAGAACAGGACCAUAGGGUGGACAUGAAGGCAAUUGAACCAUAUAAAAAAGUUAUCAGUCAUGGCGGUUAUUAUGGUGAUGGGUUAAAUGCCAUUGUUGUGUUUGCUGUUUGCUUUAUGCCUGAAAGCAGCCAGCCUAACUACAGAUACCUUAUGGACAAUCUAUUUAAGUAUGUAAUUGGCACUUUAGAGCUGUUAGUAGCAGAGAACUAUAUGAUAGUUUACCUGAAUGGUGCAACAACACGGAGAAAAAUGCCAAGUAUAGGCUGGCUUAGGAAAUGUUACCAGCAAAUUGAUAGAAGGUUAAGAAAAAAUCUGAAAUCAUUAAUUAUAGUUCAUCCUUCUUGGUUCAUCAGAACACUUCUGGCCAUUACAAAACCUUUUAUUAGCUCAAAAUUCAGCCAAAAAAUUAGGUAUGUCUUUACCCUGGCAGAACUAGCUGAACUCAUCCCCAUGGAAUACGUUGGCAUCCCAGAAUGCAUAAAACAGUAUGAAGAAGAAAAGUUUAGAAAGAAACAGAAAAGAGUUGACCAAGAGCUGAAUGGAAAACAGGAGCAGAAAAGCGAACCGUAAGUUCGGAGUCCAAACAAGACUGAAGAAUAUGCAGAUGGAAUGAUGCUGAUUUUGCUCCAUUUACAAUGCAUUUUCUGUGUGCAUGUACUAUAUAACCUGUUGCAAAAGGUGCUUAACUUCCUUGGACUAGCAGGCAGUGUACUGCUUACUGCUGUAUUGGUUUUUCUUGACUUUAAUAGCUAUGUUUAUAUAAUCAUUUUAUACUGCUAAAUGUCAAAAAACCCCUGUUUCUAGAGGAUGUUCUUGCAGUUGUUUAUCUAAAUGAUGCAUGUUCUUCAGCAAAAUAUUUAUAUACCUAAAUGUUAAAGGAAAGAGAUAAUAUAUAUUUUUAUGACUGAGCAAUAUAUUGUGUGUACCUGCUGAAGGAAUUAAUGUGCAGGUAGACAAGGCCAUAAGUUACUUGUUAUUGUAUAAAUCUGUUAUGCUGUAAAUGGUCAAGUGCAUUUCUUUGUCACAGAAACCUUAAUUUUUUUGGGUAUUAACAACCACAUAUAAUGUAGUCUUUCACAAGUGUGGAGAUCCUUAUUUUUUUGUUCACAUACCUAAUACAAGCUCUACUCAUUUACCUCACUAGAGUGAGUAAUGAGCUCAGAGCUGAAGCUUUUAAUAUCUUUUAGUCCUUUUUUUCUGAAUACAUAACUGCAGUUCUGUGAACUUCAGUCUGCUAGUCAAAGGGUUUAAGCCUAAGCCAUAGAAGAGAAGCUAAACUCUUUGAAUGACUAGUACGAUAUGAGACCUUUCUCAAUUUCAGUUGUGAAUUUUGCUUCAGUGAAUCAAGGCUGUCUCAGCUGACAGAAGGAAAUCAAUUCAUUGCAGUUUUUCUGGGGUGAAUAUCAGUUGCCACCAGUAGGAGCUCUGGUCAUAACUCAGUAGAGCUUGGGAGUCACAUAGAUGCUCUAGUUGUAAUCUCAAUUGUUUGCAGAGGUAUGGUGGGUCCUUGUAGAUGAAACACCCAUUUCCAAAACUAUUUGACACAUGAUAUCACCAUUAAUUUGACUUAACCAAAAAAGAACAAGUGACUCAAAAGUUGGACUGUUUUUUCCCUCCCCACAAUGGUAGUAAACUUGUUUGUGGGAGGUGUUCUUGAAUGCAUAACUAGUGUCCAUAGGUUUAUCAGGACAACAAAUAAUGUACCAGUUGUGUGGUAAAACUUUUUGAUAUCUUUUGAUAAUCCUUGCAAUUUUCUCAUAAGGACAGGUACAUGCAAAUACAUUCAGGAGUUGAGCAAUAUAAUAUUGUAGCAAAUAUAUUAAAUCUUCACUUUCAGUUUUUAUUGUGCUCAUGAUUUUGUCUUAAUGCCAAAAAUAUCACUGCCCAACGACAUUAAAAGUCAGUGUUAGACAGUUCCCUUAUUUAAAGAAACCAAAACAGUUGUGUUCAGCCAGAUAACUAUUUGAUGCUGAUAAACAGCAGUUAGUUCCACGGUCAAGACUUAUUACCAUUUAACAAUAUGUCUCUAAUGAUACAUCUGUAGACUAUGAGUGCUUAUUUGAGUCAGAUGAGGGCAAAUUGCCCCUGUCUCAAGAGUUUGUCUGCAAUUCAGAGACUUUCAAGAUCUAGGUACUUGUGUUAUAAAAGCUGCAUCACAUGUUUAAAGAGAUUAGUAUGCAGUGUGUUCUUUUUCAGCAGGAAGUCCUAAUUUCAAGUUGCCUUGCAUUUAUUUCAUCAUGUUUGGAUCUUGGUCUCAAAGCAGAACACAAAUGUGAACAGUUUCUUUGGGGCUGAACAGUUUCUUUGGGGCUGUCUUACUGUCUUGCUUCAAUUUCAGUGUUGAACCAGAUUAAUGUAAAGUUUCAGACAGUGAAUUGGGCACUUCAAGCCUAUUUGUUUCUGAUACUUUCCAGUGUAGUGUGUAUGCAAACCUUCUGGUUUUCACUGAUUCUGUGUGGGUCCUAAAGCUAGAUACUAAGUGUUCUGAUCAUCUCAUACACAUUUUUUCCUAAUUAGAAAAAGUAUUCUUGCCAGUAAAAGCAUAUUCUUAGUGGAAGGAUUGUAGUUCUGUGUGUCCUGUUGCUUCCUAUGUGUAUAGUGGAGUGUAGAGUAGCCAAUCCUCUGCAUAGGUCAACUUUUACCUACUGAUGGGAUUGGUACUGUUUCUUUUGUGCAGGCUGAGUGGUUCUACGGUUUCAUACUACAGCAGUACUAUUUCUUUUGGGAAUGUGCAUGUUUACUGAAUGGUUUAUUUCUCUAGUAUAAGUUUUUUGUGAAUGAAUAUACAGCACAACAGUUCUUCUGCCCUUAAAGAUCUGCAGCUGGAGAAAGAUGUACUAAAGAACUAUUCCCCUCUGACCUUUUGCAGCUCAUCAUCUAAUGGUGAGGUGGAUGUUUACGAAAAGUGGAGAGGUCCCAAAAUUUUCUUGAACACAAAUGGGUAACUUUUUGACAAACUUAUCUCUCUUGAAAUCUGUAAAAAUAAAAAGAUAAUAUAUUUUAAUAUUUAAGACCAUGACAAGUUGGAUGUCAUACUUCAAUAAAAGUUAAUUUAAAACCUGGAUCACUUUGUGAUAAGCCACAGCAUUGCAGGGCAUUCAAUCAUUCAAUGUCACUUCCUUCUAAAAGUAUAACUCAUGUUGCUGGAAUGCAGUUUGAACCCUGUCAAGAAAAGAAUUUCAUGAGUCACUAAUUUACCUUUGAUCUGGAAGUCUCAUUAGUUUAUAUAUGUAUGUGUGUAUUUGCAACUGAAAGAGAUGUGUGUAUGGAUGUGACAUUUUGUAAAUCAGUUUCUACAAGAGAAGUGUUCAGAAGUGGCAAAAGUGUUUUGGAGAAAGUGUCAUUAAAACCUAAUGUGAAUAGACUAGAUUGCUUGAGUGUUCUGGAUGUUCUGUGCAGAAUGGCAAAGCCAUGUGGUGUUGGAAAGCAGUGGAAAUGGGUAUAUAAGAAUUUAGUGCCUAAUUAGAUUGAAGGUUUUGAGGUUCUGGGAUGUUAAAGUAGAGAACUUUUUGUUUCAAAACACCUAGAACUAGUUUGAAUAGUGUAUGACCUUGUUCAUAACAAUGGAGUUUAGUGGGGUUUUGGUUUUUCCUUCUUUUGCAGUGAACAGGUGAAGAAUAGUACUUCUUGCUGUGAGAAACUUUGACGUGAGAAACAGUAGUUAAGCUCUGAAUUACACACAUUAUAGCCUGUAUUUGUUUGCAUGUCUCAGCAAUUCUGUUGCAUCAUAUCUUAAAUGUUCCAAUGACAUUUUAUAAUCUUUAACCAGUUAGUAUCAGACUUCAAGAUUAGGUAACAUGGUGGUAAUGAAAUUGCCUUGAAGUGUCAUAGGGAGGAGAAUGUGGCUUUGGUGCCCAGGCAAAUGUCACCUUCACUGAUGUCAUUUACGGAAAUGUCUGUAAUUAACUGAAAAUAAUGGACCUACAUUGUGCAUAGGCACUUUCAAAACAAAUGAGAAAUGAGUUUCUUGAUGAAAAGUGUUUCUCUUCUAGUGUCAGAUUUUUGUCCGUGUGUCCUACAGAUUUAUACAGUAUUUAUUACAAAGAAAGCUGACUUAAACGCACCUCUUAAAAAAGCUGUUGUCUUUGGAUAUGGUUUUAAUUCUCAAGUCAUUCCAGUCUCCCUCACUGAAGUCUCAUACAGGGAGCAGAGGGAUAAUAGCUUGUGUGCUUUCUGUAACCACAGAAGUCUUACAAAGCUUGCAUUGGAAAUUGUUGUUCAGUCCUUGUGGAUGCAGGUCAUUCUCUAGAGGAUUUGUGUCACUGGUUUUCAGAGAUGCUUGAAGUAAAUGCUUUAAUUACACUUUUAAAAAAUACCUGGGUUUAGUCAGAGUAGCACUCUGAAAUACAAGGAGUGUUUAAAUAUUCAUAUUCUGAAAGAUAGAUUUUGCAGUUUUAUAGCUUGAAAGUUCUAAAUCGAAUUACAUUGUUUCCCUUAUCACAUCCUUUUCCCUGUAUGGAGCUAAUGCUUGGGGGGUGAAGGGGGGCAAAAUGGCAUUUGUGCCGUAAAGAGGGUGCAGUCAUGUUAGUUUUUCAUUAUUCCCUGCAAGCGUGACUGAGAUCAGUGAAAUUAAAGGCGUUCUUUCGUCAAAUAGAUCUUCUGUUUUGCUAUUUUGACUGCCCACAUUACUCCCAUUUACACUGAAUUUUUCCAUUUUUGUUUGGGUUGUGGCUUUCUUUUUUGUUUGUUUUUUCGUUUCGUUGGUUGGGUUUUUGUGGGUUGUUUUUUGUGUGUGUGGUUGGUUUGGUUUGGUUUUUGGUGUUUUGAUUUUUGU